AAAAUCAAGGAUUCAAAAUUGAGAAAACAAUGCUUCGUCUGCAAUUGCAAAACCCUAUAAGAUCUUCAAUUCUCCCGCAAGAUAGUAGUUUCUGAAUUCGGCUGUUCGUAUCUCUGAAUCGCUCUGAGCCGAUAAAGCUCUGAGUAUCGAUUUUUCACGGUGCGAUCAUGGAUUCUGUUUCCAAAGAUUUGAUCAGCGAUUUGCCGGACUCACUUCUCUGCCAUGUUCUGUCGUUCCUCACGACGAAAGAAGCUGCUUCAACCUCAAUACUCUCGAGAAGAUGGCGUUACCUACUUGCGUUUGUUCCAAAGCUUGAAUUUGAUGACUCGGUCUUUCUGCAUCCGGAUAAAAGGGUUAAGAAUCCUCUACGUGAGGCUGGUUUGAUUGGUUUCGUGUAUAUGGUUAACAACAAGCGGUUGAAGCUUUCUACAAGCUUUCCGGAUUUCGUGGAUACGAUCUUGGAUUUACAAGGCACUUCUCCUCUUGACAAAUUCUCUCUAAAGAUGGUCGAUGGUCAUGAUCCUGUUGAUCCAGAUAAUGUCAAUCCUUGGAUUCACAAGGUCUUGCUACGUCGUUUAUCGGAUCUUCAUCUAGUCGUGGAUUUGAAGGAAUGGAAAUCUCCGCUUCCUCAAAGGAUCUUCUUGAGCGAGACACUUGUUAAGCUGACUCUUCAAAUCAGAGAUGGCCCUUCCAUUGAUGUGAAAGAUGUUCAUCUUCCAAAGCUUAAGACUCUCUUUCUCCACUCAGUUACGUUUGCUGAGAAUGAUAUUGGCUUUAACAAGCUUCUUUCUGGCUGUCACGUGCUUGAAGAACUUGUUCUCGAUAAAUUGUGGGCGUGUGUUUGGGAAUCUUGCUCUGUUUCUGUCUCCACUCUCAAGAGGCUGACGUUUUAUUGCGAGAACAUGAAGUUUUCUUGUGUCCAUAGUGAAAAUCCAAAUAGUAUGUCUUUCAACACACCACAGCUGGUCUACUUGGAAUAUGCUGAAGCCAUAGCCAACACGUAUCCGAAAGUGAAUUUUGAUUCGCUUGUUGAAGCCAAAAUUGAUAUUUGGAUGACAGAUGAUCAGAUAGAAGAGGUGACAUUCGGAGACAAUGAGGAAAACUAUAUGGUCGGCAAUGCAGCAGCUUUUAUAGUUGGUAUCUGCAAUGUUCGAGUCCUCUACCUAUCUUCCGACUCUCUCGAGGUACUCACUUAUUGUUGCAAACCAAUACCAGUAUUCAACAACCUGACUCAUUUAACUAUCGAGAGUAACCCAAAAGUUGGUUGGAAACCAUUGCCAAAGCUGCUCAAGAGUUCUCCAAAGCUCAAAACUCUCGUCUUCAAAGAACUCCUUCACAGAGACACGGAGGAAGAAGAGGAGGACAUUGCUAUAUCAUCAAGUUCGGUGAGAGUGCUAAAGAUAUUCAUCAGUGAUGAUGAAAAAAUAGAGAAGAAAAUCGAGAAGGUCAAGCAAUUUUUGGAAACAAUGCCAAAUCUUCAACAGCUGGUAUUAUACUAUGAUGUGAAAGUGUCAUCGCAACUUCAGAUGCUUAGUAGGUUAGCUUCACCAAAGUGCAAGAUCCACCUUAUCCCUGGUAACCUCUGAGCGUAUCAUCUACAGUUGCCACUUGGGUAUUGACUAAUUGAGUUCCUCUUCUUUAGGAGAACAUUAUAGUUUCUGACUUUUGUGGUUAUACCAAAACCAUAUAUGGAUGUGUCUGCAAGCUCUUUAUAUAGACUUGGUAAAAGAUAUAUACUCUAAGGAAGACUACUAGUACAGGCGUUCGUCCUUCUUUCGUUUUAGAGUUUUAAAUACAUGUUUUAAUUUUGGCCGACAAUGAUAACUUUCGUGUUUUGCUU